AUGUGGCCUCUCUCUGUACAUGCCGGCUUCCGCGCUGGCCUUGCCUGGGCUCUCCUUGGUGUGAUUCUGGGGAUGGAUUUAAGUUUGCAGGAAAGUUUACUGUUAAAAUCCCUGGGUCUGAGCACCAAACCCAGCCCAAAAACCCCCGUUCCUGUGCCGUCUGUGCUCUGGCGGAUCUUCCAGAACAGAAAGACAUCUCCUUCUACAAACAAAGGCCUGGAGGAUGCUUGUAGGGUGGAGGAGUUUAAUGUCCCCGGAAACAUCAUCCGUGUCUUCGCUGACCAAGGCCACUUCGUUCAUAACAGGCAGCCCCAGGCGUUGCUGUGCCUGCAGAAGCGUCUGUACUUUAACCUCUCCGUGCUGGAGGAGGGCGAGCACCUGACGAUGGCUCAGCUAGAGAUCAAAUUCAGCCACAACUCCUACCACGCCUCCGGCCAGGGCCGGGUCUUUGAGCUGAGGCUGUACCAGACCUCGCAGAUGUCCCUGCGGGGGAUGCCCUCCCGCGAGUCCAGCCGGACGCUGCUGGUGGAGCAGUCCUUCGCCCAGCUGCACAAGUCUCUCCUCUUCAACCUGAGUGGGGUGGCGAAGGACUGGCGAACUUACAGCAAGAACCUGGGCUUGAUCUUGGAGAUCUCGGUGGAUGGCGGAGACGGUGCAUCGGCGACCGGGGGGCUGCAGAGCCUCUGUGCCAGCAUCGACUCCUUCCUGGAUACCUCUCUGCUGGUGGUGACCCUCAGUCAGCAGCAGUGCAGGGCAUCCAGGAGGAGGAGGAGGAGCGCGGACUCCCCCCCUGUCACGCCCAGCAACCUCUGCAAGCCCAGGCGCCUCUACAUCAGCUUCAGCGACGUGGGCUGGGAGAACUGGAUCAUCGCCCCCCAGGGCUACAUGGCUAAUUACUGCCUGGGAGAGUGUCCCUUCCCGCUGACCGCUGAGCUCAACAGCACCAACCACGCCAUCCUCCAAACCAUGGUGCACUCGCUGGACCCCCAGGGCACCCCCCAGCCCUGCUGCGUCCCCGUCAGGCUCUCCCCCAUCUCCAUCCUCUACUACGAUAACAACGACAACGUGGUGCUGAGGCACUACGAGGACAUGGUGGUGGACGAGUGUGGCUGCAGAUAGUGGAGGGGCCGGGGGGGGGGGGGUGUAUGUGUGCGCUGGGGCCUGUGCGAAACACUGCUGAAUGAGUGACAGAAUAAACCCAGAUGUGUUGAAUCCCCUCCGUGCUGGUGUUUAGGGACUUUGCUGCUGGUGCAGCGGGGGCCAAGCCCCCCCCGGACUGCGCUGAGGGAUCGUUAGCGGGUUUGGACUUGUGGGUCAAUAGGACCUGGGUGCUUGGUCCCCCAGGAAGCCGAGUGCCAGGGCCAGCUGGGGCGCAGGGAUUAUGAUCAAGUCUGACGCUGGCCGUCUGCUCGGCGCAGGCGCCGGCAGCACCGGCUUGUGAAUCCCGGCCCCCUCGUGCCAGGCCAGAGCCCAGCGAGGCUGCGGGUGCCCUGCCGCGAUGCCCGCGGGGAGCAAGGCACCCGCCGCUGAAGAGCAGCGGCUCGGCUUGGGUUGCGGCUCGGCUUUUUGGCUAAUGCUGUUGCUUUCCCAGGGUGUAAAAGAAGAAAUUACUUUUUUUUGGUGAAGCAAUGCUGGGUGUUGUUCCUUGCUGCCCAGGCGCCCGUGCGGGAGAGCGGGGAGGAAGCGCCGCAGCAGCUCGGCCCCACCGCGAGAAGAGGUAUGUUGUCGCCGCAGGAGCUGCUUCCCGGCGGCCCCGCAGUGACUGAAUCCCUUCUUACAGCGCAGGCAGCCGGCGUGCGAGCGGUGGUGGCUUUCGCUCUGGCAGCUCCAGCUUGAGCUAUUUUUAGUGUGCGUUGGCUGAUUUGGGGGCACAGCAGCAUAGGCAGUUCGGCGCUGCCUUUAGCAUCAGCCGUAUCGCUUCUGUCCAACCCGACGUUACCUGUUGGGGUUUGGGCUGAAAAAAAAAAGCAGCCCAGGUCCACAGGGCAGUGGGGCUUGGCGUGCGCCUGAAGCAGAGGCCGUGCUGCGUAGCGGAGGUGGCCCGAGGGCUGUGUAAGCUAGUCCGUGGCAUCUAUUCCCCUCCUGGACUGCUGUGAGCCGCAGUAGUUAAUUUACCUCAUUAGCGCCGCGAUGAGCCCAGGUCCGUGGUCGAGCCGCUGCCAGCCCGGGGCUCACCCAGCCGCAGCACUGGGCUGCCCGACCUCGCCGCUGCCUGUGCGUCCAGCAGUUGUAGCCUCCACACAGCAGUGUUACGGCCCUGUUAAUUCAGGCACCACGUUAAUGUGGUUGUGCAGCUUGGGGGGGGGGGGGUUGUUAGGUAUUUUUUUUCUGUUGAUCUUGUUUGUUGGUUUUUGGGGUAUAUAUGUAUAUAUAUAUAUUUUUUUUUUUAGACUUGAGGUCAAACCUGCCGUUAUUGGCUGUGGUCCCUAGUCCAUUGCAGUAGUGUGGACACGCUCUUAACCAAGUCUGUUUAAUGCUGUUAACAAAAGAUAGCAGAACAGUAUUGUUUGAGAUGUGCUAACGAGCUUUGUAUCAUCUCUUUUGAGCAACUGUGAUCACUGACCGAGGAGUUGCCUCUUUUCUUCCACCUUUAAGUAUGUGAGCUGUGAAGUCAUUUAUGGCAGCUAGAUUUAAGGCCUGGGCAAAGCUACUAAGCCAUUCCUCCUGUCCUGGGCUGCAGCUUUGGGGGGCUGGGGAGGAGGGAGGGCAGGAGGAGAAACAAGAACUCUGAAUUAGACUUGAAGCUUUUUUGUUUUGUUCUUUAAUGCAAGUCUGAAAAAGUAGUGUGGAUUUUCUUUGUUGUAGCUAUGGUGUAAUGUCUUAAAUGUUUGAGUAACACGCUUAGGCCUUUUCCUCAAGGGGAUGCACUAAAGGUUUAACCACUUCUUAGUUUGCAGAGGCAGCAUCUUCCUGCCCCUCCCUGAUAGUGUUUUUUGCUAACAUGCUGCAAAUGUGUAGCAGGUGACCAAGAUGGAGUAGCUUGAUUACCUAAGUUUUGAAGCAUACUAAUGUUUUCAGGUCUAAAUGUGUUUCUUGACUCUGGCAUGGAUGAGCAGGGAGCUCUGGGGAAGGUUAGCCCUGCGCUAUUCUAACAGCUGAACAAGAGCUAGGUUGGAAUCGAUUUCAAACACUUAAUGCUAAGGACUUGGAGGAGGACUUCACUGCAGGAGUUAGUAAGAGCCAUUUCUUUCAAAUUUAAGAUGGACAGCAUUAAAAAAAAAACCCUUAGGUAUUUUUUGAACCUAUGCUGUGGCAGGCUAAGGGACUGACAGGCUCAGCGGGUAAGGAAGACUCCUUACCUGGUUCUCCAAGACAGAGGGUGACUGUCCCAUCCGCUGCCCUGUCCAAGCAGCACGUGACCAAGUGGGUUAUCGCACACAGGGAAAGAGUUCAGGCGACAACAGCAACUAGAAAUUGAGACACUUUCUGACCAGCUGUAAUGAGCUUGUAUCAAAUCAAAACUCUGUGCUUGUAUCAAGUCAAAACUACGUGCAGCUUUACGACUACUGCCAACACUUUGACUGCUGCCUGAGCACACUGGAUAGUGCCAAAACCAGACCCAAACAUCCAAGCUGUAUUUUCAGCAAAAGCUGAGCCAUUCUCGAAGGACUGUUCAGGCCAAACAGGGGGGUCUCAGGUUCAGCUACCCAAGCCAGUCAGCCACUGCUGAACAGGAGUAAAGGCGAUUUUUAGUUUCCCAGAGCAUGAGAAGCAAGAGGCAGGCGAGCUUCCACGCUGGACUGCUCACCUUUAGCAAAGCACUCCAUCAUCCCUGCAGCUCCCCCCAGCAGUGCACAGGCCCAGAAUAUUCCCAUUUGAACUAAUUCCCACAGCAUCCAUGUAACUGGUCAAGAGCCAGAGGAGGGAACAUGGGUAGGGCAGUUAACAGACUUGCCACAGUUCAUUUGCUUAUCCAUGUAUGCUAUGCACACACCACACUUUUGUACUAGUAUGUGUUUAAAAAAAGUAAUAAACUUGAAGUUUAUACAAUCAGA